GCAGCAGCGCAUCCAUCCUGCCGUGGAGCCGGGAGCGUGGAGCCGCGAGGAGCGCACCGAGAGAGACAGAAGAUGGACGGAGUGGGAUCGUUCGGAGCGGGCCGGACCGGGACCACCGUGGACCCGAUCACUUUCGCCAAACAGCCGACCACCAUCCUCAGAGUGCUGACCUGGAUAUUUUCCCUGGUGGUCUUUGCCUCCAUCGUGAACGAAGGUUAUGUCAACAUCGGCAGCGAGCGUCUCUACUGCGUCUACAAUAAGAACGCAGACGCCUGUAACUACGGCGUGUUCGUGGGCCUGGUGGGCCUGCUGGCGUCCUCCUUCUUCUUCCUGGUCGACUACAAGUUCUCCUCCAUCAGCUCUGUCAAAGACAGGAAGAAGGCUAUCAUGGUUGAGAUCGGCUUCUCAGGUUUCUGGACCUUCCUGUACUUUGUAAGUUUCUGCUUCCUGGCCAAUCAGUGGUCUCGGACUACGCCUGAUGAGCUGCCACUCAACCAGGGUGCAGACGCAGCGCGGGCCGCCAUCGCCUUCUCUUUCUUCUCCAUAAUCACCUGGGCUGGUCUAACAGUGCGUGCGGUCCAGAAGUAUCUGCUCGGCACAGACAUGACUCUGUUCACUACGGAGCACAUGGACGGCGGCGCGCCCACCCAGCCGUACCCGUCCAAUUCACCUGGAGGCAGCACCACCGAGACCACAGAGGCCUACCAGAGCCCCCCAUUCACCGAGAACAACGCAGCACCCACAUACCAGGUUCCCAUUUACUAGAUAGGAUAGACCUGAUGGUGGAAGAGGAAGGUCGGGAGAUGGAUGAGAGGAAAGUGAUAGAAAAUUGCUUUCUUUGAUGUUAAACCUGCAGUCGUUUCAUGUGUUGAUCUGGGCUGAGUUUUCAAUAAUUCUUUUACAAAAAAAGGCCUCCCCUUCUUUGUUCCCUCUUCUCGUUCCCUUUCCUUCCGUAACAUUCCAGCUUUAUCUGCACUUUUCUUGAACUUUUCGCAAAUCCUCAGAUCAGAGCAGAUGAGAGAAAAAGAAAACAAGAGGAGGAAAUGUUGGAGAGGAGGCCACUAUUUUGACAACAAAAAAAGAGAUGAAGGGAUCAAAAAGUGAGUGGCUCCACCACAAAGCAAGAGUUAGAUAAAAAUAGUGCAGAAGGCACUCACAUACGCCACCUUCAUCUUAUUCUUUUCAUUCUUUCGAGUAUCAGAAUCCCCUUUCAUACAAACAGCACGGGGAAUCUUUUCUUUUCUUUUUUUAAGCUACAGUACGGUCUGGUCGUUCCUCCCCCUCUCCCUGCUGCAGUUAAAAGUGAUCAUGUGUAUUGAAUCUGCAUGUUUCCAAACUUAGAGAUCAACUAAGUGCCAUACUGUACUGUGUGUCUCAGACAGUGACUUAAUUUAGUAGAUUUCCACAUGCUGUAAAAAACAAAAACGUUUUGUGACUAAGUGCAAUAUCUCACAUUCUUAUGUAGGUCUGUAGGUAGUUAUAUACUGUACUGUAGGUAGGAUAAGUACCGUCAGAUGAGACCAACUUUAGGCAUUGUCUCAAAUUACAUACUAGUCUUUGAACUGUACGACAAAUCUCAGGCAAAUUUCCAAAUUAAAAUCGUUGAUCUUACUUGACUGAAGUUUGCAAGAUAUGGAAGUUAUGUCUGAAUCUCACAUCCACAAAAGCUUGUUGCCAAUUUAAAUUAAAUUAAUAUUUGUCAGCAAGCUCUUAAAGCAUCUUGUCAAGCACUGACGGUCUUCCUCUGUGUGGUGGAAUCAUUAUUUUAAUACAUUUUAAAGAAAAACAUCGUCACAAUGCAAAUAUUUCUCGACUACAUUGUCACAACAGCUGAAUCUGCGUGAUUCUGGUUUGUUCAUGCAAAAAGGGUCAGAUUUCAAAGGGGAAAAUUUAAUCCACAAUGAAUCACUUAUCAGUCUGUUAUUUUUCUGUGCCAGGCAGCGAUGGAUUAUUUGAUUGGCCCAUGGAGCAUAAGCCCAAGGGCUCAGGAGGCCCCUGGACCAGACGGAGCCUCUGUUUGAAGUGAUUUUUAAUAUUUCUUGUUGGAACAAGCAAAAUAGCAAAAUUACAAAAAAGCUACAAAGAAAUGCACA